ACCUUUGGUGAGAAGUCUAUAAAAACGGGGUGUUCCCAACAAUCCGUCCUAUUUGGCAGCUGCUGCCUCACCCACAGCUUCUACUAAGAGAACGCCUCUCUCUCAAACUACCUGUCACCAUGGCCCACCGAUUCCCAGCCCUCACCCCAGAACAGAAGAAGGAGCUCUCCGAGAUUGCCCAGCGCAUUGUUGCCAAUGGAAAGGGGAUCCUGGCUGCAGAUGAAUCUGUAGGCACCAUGGGAAACCGCCUGCAGAGGAUCAAGGUGGAAAAUACCGAAGAGAACCGCCGGCAGUUCCGAGAAAUCCUCUUCUCUGUAGACAAUUCCAUCAGCCAGAGCAUUGGGGGUGUAAUCCUCUUUCACGAGACCCUCUACCAGAAGGACAGCCAGGGAAAACUGUUCAGAAAUAUCCUCAAAGAGAAAGGAAUUGUGGUGGGAAUCAAGUUAGACCAAGGAGGUGCUCCCCUUGCAGGAACAAACCAAGAAACCACCAUUCAAGGGCUUGAUGGCCUGUCAGAGCGCUGUGCUCAGUACAAGAAAGACGGUGUUGACUUUGGGAAAUGGCGUGCUGUGCUGAAGAUUGCUGACCAGUGUCCAUCAAGCCUAGCUAUCCAGGAAAAUGCCAACGCCCUGGCUCGCUAUGCCAGCAUCUGUCAGCAGAAUGGGCUGGUACCUAUUGUUGAACCAGAGGUAAUUCCUGAUGGAGACCAUGACCUGGAACACUGCCAAUAUGUUACUGAGAAGGUCCUGGCUGCUGUGUACAAGGCCCUGAAUGACCAUCAUGUUUUCCUGGAGGGGACCCUGCUAAAGCCCAACAUGGUGACUGCUGGGCAUGCCUGCACCAAGAAGUAUACUCCAGAACAAGUGGCCCUGGCCACUGUCACAGCUCUUCAUCGUACUGUUCCUGCAGCUGUGCCUGGCAUCUGCUUUUUGUCUGGUGGCAUGAGUGAAGAGGAUGCUACUCUCAAUCUCAAUGCUAUCAACCUUUGCCCUCUACCGAAGCCCUGGAAACUUAGUUUCUCUUAUGGACGGGCCCUGCAGGCCAGUGCAUUGGCUGCCUGGGGUGGCAAACCUGCAAACAAGAAGGCAACCCAGGAGGCUUUUAUGAAGCGGGCUGUGGCUAACUGCCAGGCAGCCAAAGGACAGUACAUUCACAGUGGCUCUUCUGGAGCUGCUUCCACCCAGUCGCUCUUCACAGCCUGCUACACCUACUAGAACCUGAUGCCCUCCAGCCUGGAUCCAGCACAUCAGGGCGUCUAAGAAGACUGCAAAAGAAUGACCUUUACAUCAAUACUGGGAACACAAUACAUGUUAAAUCUUAAACAGGGAAAAAAAUUAGUUUUUGAAACAUGAGUAUCAAAAAUCGGACAAAAUUUUACACAACUCUUUUCCUUGCCACACUUCUAGAGUAUCUACGCAAGAAAAUAAAAGGCUUGAAAACAAAAUCAGCUCUUCAUCCAAAUAACAGUUACCAAAUAAAGUGUCACAAAAACUGAGUACAAAGCACAUCGUAUGAACCAAUUUUAGCAGUGGAAGGUUGUAAAGGAGACAGCUGCAACCUAAAAAGAAAUAAAAUGUUCUAUAAACCAUCAA